GAACCCACAAAAUUAAUCCACAAAUGACUAAAUUAAUAAUUAAUCUAAGACAAGAUGAAAUUGGUAUGUAUCUAUCUAGAUGAAAUUGUUUGGAUUGAAUUAUUUAAGCUAUUUGUGAGACUAUCUGCAAAAUUGUUGAAUGUUCGUUUAUCUUCGUUGGGGACAGUUAAACCAACCAACCCUUUAAUAGAAUAGAUGAUGAUGUUGAAGUUCUGGAAUUGGUAUCAGAACAGCCUCUCUGUUCAUCCGGUGAAAACCCAAGUCAUCACUUCUGCCGCCCUUUGGGCUGUCGGAGAUGUCACUGCUCAGUACAUCACUCACUCUGCCGCAUCAAAAAAACGUCUUCAAUUAUCUCUCACCACAACCAAAGAAGCAGAUACUACAUUUGUGGUUGAUUGGAGACGUGUGGCUGUUACAAGUAUGUUUGGAUUUGGUUUUGUUGGCCCAGUUGGUCACUUCUGGUAUGAAGGGUUGGAGAAAUUUAUAAGCCUUAGGCUUAAACUAAUGCCAAAGACUGCGCAAUCCGUAGCUACUAAAGUGGCAAUGGACGGCUUGAUUUUUGGUCCGAUACAUUUGUUUGUCUUCUUUACUUACAUGGGAUUGUCUGCUGGCAAGACUAUUCCUCAGGUAAAGGAAGACUGGAAGGCAAAUUAUUUCCCAGCAUUGGUCUUAGAAGGUGGUGUGUGGCCAAUUGUGCAGAUUUUUAAUUUUCGGUAUGUUCCUGUCAAGUAUCAGCUUCUGUAUGUAAACUUGUUCUGCUUGUUGGAUAGUGCUUUUCUGUCUUGGUUGGAGCAACAGAAAGAUGCAACUUGGAAACAAUGGUUUCAACCAUUUCAUUCUUCUAAUGGAAAAGGAGUUCAACGCUGAUGAAGAUCGAAGAGACUUGAAACAUUGGUUUACACCAAUUAAUAAUGCUUCCUCUGAUGUUUGGAAAUUGUAAUAGAUAGAUUCCUAGGUGGAUUUUUUGUUUUGCAUUAAGGGUCUUAGGAGAUAUAAUCAAAUGAAUCUUAUUAUAAUUGAACUACAGAAACACAUGGUUGUUAGCAUAUUAAGAAAUUUAAUAGAAUAAAAACUUAUACAGCCACGGAGGUUUGUAAUAAAGUAAUGGUGGAAUUCUUGAUCUCAGCUUUGUUUUCAUUUCCUUUAUCUAUCAAAAUUAAGAAAAUUAUUGUUGCA